UACUUAGUACUUUAAAUUAUUGUAGUCCGUGGUCUUUACUGUAUGGCGGUGCAUAUAAUGCGCCUGUACGUAUUAGUAUCAUAAUCUUUUCACUUUUGGUUAUUACUUUAUUAGUCUUUUUAUUUCAGAGUCCACUCCACUUUGGACUGUGUCAAUUUUUACCACUCCAGCUUAAAUAAUAUAUCCUGUGUUCAAUUGCUUUAAUUUUUUAUUGUUUAUAAGUUGUCUAACGUCCUUACACGAAUCGAUAUUCUCUGUUAGUCAGUAAAUUAUCUUUCAGAAGUCGAAUUGGUGAAUUUUCCAUUUGAUCAUAGCAAUGUCGUUCGUCCAAGUAUCUGAAACAAAUGACAAUGAUAAAGAGGUGGUGGACUUGCCGUUGGAAAAAGAUGGCACCCUCUUAUUGUCUACUCUUCAUGCACAAUAUCCGGAUGCUUGCGGCUUGAAGUAUGUAGCACCGGAUAACGGCCGAACCCGAGCUCUUCGGCUUGUCGAUGAUAAACUACAUCCACCUACUGAUGAUGGGUGGGGCGACAUUGUAUACUUUUGUUCGUUCAACAAGGAUAAUGGACAGAAAAGGAAAUUGAACGAAGAAUUUGAAAGUGAUGUUGAGCGAGCAUCCAAGGAACCCAAGUCUGAGGCAACAUCAACGGCUUGGAAGAAUCGAGAUUUACUUGUGCUCGGUUUACCAUGGAAAACGACUGAUGAGGACUUAGAAAGUUACUUUAGUAAAUACGGUGAACUGCGCAUGGCACAAAUUAAAAAGACAACUGACGGUAGAUCUAGAGGUUUUGGAUUCAUACGAUUUAAAGAACAAGAAUCUCAAGUGCGGUCAAUGUUAGAUUCUCAUGUAAUAAACGGAAGGCGAUGUGAGAUUAAAAUACCUAACAUUAAGGAUGCAUUUAUAAAUGAAGCGCCGAAGAAAAUAUUUGUUGGUCAACUGACUGAAAGUAUAACUCAAGAAGAUUUAGAAGACUAUUUUAAAAAAUUUGGAGAUAUUGUUGAAGUCUUUGUUCCUCGUCCAUUUAAAGGCAUUGCCUUUGUAUCAUUUACCAAACCUGAUGCUGCACUCACUGCUCUUGACCAGGAUCAUACCAUCAAAGAUAUUCGUCUCAGUGUGUCUGUUGCUAUGCCUAAAGAUAAAGACCAGAGGUCACGUGGUGGACGUAGUAGUGGCGGCGGUGGCGGAAGUGGUGGUAACCCCUAUGGUGGUAACCCCUAUAGUGGUCGUAUGAGAGGAAGUCGAGAUUCCUACAAUAGUCGUGAUCACUACUAUGAUAAUGGUGGUUGGGACGAUUAUGACCGUGGUAGUUAUUCAGACCGCUAUAGAAAUAGUCGAUAUGAUAGAAAACCAUACGAUAGUGGCCGGUCAUACAACUCAGGGCAAGUAUGGAGAAAAAAUGAAUACUCCGAUUCAUCAUCUGUAUCUCAAUCUAAAGAUGUGAGUGGCCAGUUUGAUCCAAAUUUAGUUGCUGCAGUAGUAGAAAAGACAGUGAGAGGAGUAAUUGGAAAUAUGAGCAAAUAUGAAUAAUGUACCUAAUUCAAUCUCAUCUUAUUGGGAAUAUAUAUUUUGACUUAUAUUUUUAAUUUUAAUAUGACUUAUAAUUGUAAUACAAUUUAAAUUAAACUGAGUACUUAUUUUA